AUGUGCAAUGUGUCAGUGAAUGAUGACAUCAACACGAUCCCACAACCUGAUCUUCUAGGGCCUGCUGGGCCUGCUUGGCCUGCUGAUCUGUGUCAGUGUUGGUGGGGGGGGGUGCUCUGCCUGCUGUCACAGAGUUUUAUCUCCCCCCAUUGCCUGGGGAAUUCCAGUCUGGGAUCUGUCAGAGUGUGGAUCCAUCAUCCUCCACUCACUGCAACUGUCACCCUGCCACUGCCAGCCACAGAUACAGUCCAUCCGUGACACUGAUUUUUUCUUUAAUAUUGGAGCUAGUGGCUUCCUAUGGCA